UCCAUAUAAUAAAUCGUUCCUUUCGGUGUUUCCCAUUUUUAAUCAAGCAAAAGGCUUCCAAAUCGAACGUUUCCAUUUACACAUUACCCAGCAGAACUCCCAAGAAGACCAAGAGCACUCAGGGAUUACAGCUAAAGAAUCCAGUGAGCACUGGAUAGGAUCUAACAUGGCUACCUCCGUUUUGGCCACGAUGUGUGCCGAGCGCCUGACCAAGCUCCUAGUUCGCUACUCCCGUGCUCAGCCUCCGGUGAUGCGGAACCAUACGCAGUGCGUCGACAAGGUCUUAAGUCCUUUGCCAAAGAGUGAUGCCACAAUGGGCUACCUCAGACCAGAAUCCAACCAGGCAUCCAACCAAAGCAAACCCACCAAUAAAUGGCAACCGAUGGGUAACAUCUCUAGCAUUGGCCAGAGAUUCCAACGGGAGGCCAUGGAUGAACUGUGUGCCAAGGCCAAGGAGCGAUUGCUGCCAAAGAACGAACCGCAACGCCCGAGCUUUUCAAGAAAUCAAGCCAGCUUUCCCAACAAAUCAAGAGGAUUGACGGAUUGGAAACAAUUGGGAAAUGGACGGUACUCAACGCCGUUUGCAAGCAUUUUCCAGGGUCAGAAUUGUCCAAGUUUGCCGCGAAAAUCUUUUACCCAGCAACCCCUCGCCUUUGAUCAACAGAAACUGUAUCGUGCCUGCUAUUAACUGAACACAAAUGGAUAAUUUUUGAUCCUGAUGUCCAUCUUAUCUGUGGCUCAAUCAUAACAAUGGUGUUGUGACUGAGUUGCAACUGAGAUGGUCCACCAGUAUCAGAGAUUUUCCACAAUUCUAGGUAUUAAAGAUGUCUCGUGUUAAGAAA